CUCCACGGAGGCAUGAACACCCUCUCCCUCCACUUACUCAUACCGACGGCUAUCCACCUCAAAUCCUCACGCGCCGCCUCAACGUCCUUCCCACGCGCUACCUCUCCCUCCCCUCUACGCAUCACCACUCCUUCAAUUUUACGCGCCACUUCAUCGGACGACUCACCACAGUCAAUCCAAAACCAAACUCUAGAAAUCCUAGAAUGGCGCGCCCUCUGCAACCAACUCUCUCCCUUCGCCUCCACAUCAAUGGGCCUCUCCGCCACCAAAAACGCCGUUAUCCCCGUGGGAAACUCUCCAGAAGAGAGCAGGAGCCUCCUCGACGAGACGGCUGCCGCCUUGGCUGCCAUGGAAGUGAUGGAACCGCGGCGGUUUGGUCUGUCUGAGAUCAUGGACUUGUCUGAAAUCGUGGAGCGUGCUGUGGCUGGUCAGUUACUCACCGUUAGAGAGCUCUGCGCCGUUCGUGGCACGUUAACGGCUGCUUCAUUAGUCUUUGAGAAACUACGAAGAGCAGCUAAUAGUGAUAAACGGGUUAAACCUCUUGUAGAGAUACUAGAAGGUUGUGAUUUCAACACUACGUUAGAGCAAAAGAUUAGUUUCUGUAUCGACUGCAACUUGUCUAUGAUUCUCGACAGAGCUAGCGAAGACCUCGAGAUCAUAAGAUCAGAACGGAAAAGAAACAUAAAGAAUCUGGAUUCUCUUUUAAAAAAAGUAUCGACUAGGAUUUAUCACGCCGGGGGAAUCAACAAGCCAACGGUAACCAAGCGGAGAUCAAGGAUGUGCGUAGCUAUCAGAGCUACGCACAAACGUUUGCUUCCAGGUGGUGUUGUUCUAAGUGUGAGUAGCUCAAGGGCAACCUGCUUUAUGGAACCAAAAGAGGCAGUAGAGCUUAAUAACAUGGAAGUGAGGCAUGCGAACUCGGAGAAAGCUGAGGAAAUGGCGAUUUUGAGCAUUUUGACUUCUGAAGUGUCGGCUGCACAGAGUGGGAUACUGCAUCUGUUGGAUAGAAUCUUAGAACUUGACGUUGCUUUUGCAAGAGCAUCACAUGCAAAGUGGAUGAAUGGUGUUUAUCCAAAACUAACUUCAGAACACACUAAGGAUGGAGAUGGUAGAUCUCUAGCUGUAGACAUUGAUUCUGUGCAGCACCCUUUGCUUCUUGGUUCUGUAUUAGGCAGCGGCUCAAAUGGUGACAACCUCUUCCCUGUGCCGAUAGACAUUAAGGUUGAGAGAAGAAGCAAAGUAGUCGUCAUCUCUGGUCCAAACACAGGAGGAAAGACCGCUUUGUUAAAGACAUUGGGAUUAAUCUCUCUUAUGUCGAAGUCAGGGAUGUAUUUGCCUGCUAAGAAUCGUCCUAGGUUGCCUUGGUUUGAUCUUAUUCUCGCUGACAUUGGAGAUCCUCAGUCUUUGGAGCAAAGCCUGUCAACAUUUAGUGGCCACAUCUCACGGAUAUGUCAGAUACUUAACAUUGCUUCAGAAAACUCGCUUGUUCUACUAGACGAAAUCUGCAGUGGAACUGAUCCAUCAGAAGGCGUUGCGCUUGCCACCAGCAUCCUACAGUAUAUUAAAAACCGUGUUAACGUGGCGGUUGUGUCCACACAUUACGGUGACUUGAGUCGCUUAAAGGAUAACGAGACUCAAUUCCAAAACGCUGCAAUGGAGUUCUCCAUGGAAACUCUGCAGCCUACAUUCAGAGUACUUUGGGGAAGUACUGGUGAAUCAAAUGCAUUGAGAGUAGCUAAGUCCAUUGGUUUCAAUGGAAGGAUAUUAGAACGUGCACAUGAAUGGAGAGAGAGGUUGAAGCCAGAGCAGGAAGUAGAGAGGAAAGGCUCGUUGUUUCAGUCUCUUGUAGAAGAAAGAAAUACGCUAAAUCUUCAGGCGACCAAGGCUGAAGCCUUACAUAGAGAUUUAAUGAAUCAUUACCGUGAGCUUGAGGAUGAGUCACAUGAUCUUGAGAAACGUGAGAAGGCUCUUUUCAAGAAAGAAACUCAAAAGGUGCAAGAAGAUUUAAUCUCUGCCAAGACAAAGAUUCAGAAACUGGUGUCUGAAUUCGAGAGUCAGUUAGAAACUGUUACGGCUGAUCAAUACAACUCUUUAAUUCUCAAAACCGAAGAGGCAGUUGCAGAUAUAAUCGAAGCUUAUUGUCCUAACGAUCUUGUAGUAAAGGAAGAAGGGUAUAAUAGCUACUACUCACCACAAGCAGGUGAAAAGGUAAUACUAACUGGAUUCGGAGGUAAGUUAGGCACUGUGGUUGAAGAACCAAGAGACAACGAUGAGACGGUUCUAGUCCAGCAGGGUAAGAUGAGAGUACGCAUCAACAGAAAGGACAUAAAGCCUCUUCCUCGUAACAAAACAAGUGAAAGACCAAAUCGUUCAAAGAGACAGGUAAGCAUGAAAGAGAUAGGGAGUGUGUUGGAGAUGCAGAGCGAACCGGUGAGGAUUCAAACGUCGAAGAACACGUUGGAUCUAAGAGGAAUGCGGGUGGAAGAAGCGAUGUAUCAGCUAGACAUGGCUGUUUCGGGUAGAGAAUCAGGUUCGAUACUCUUUAUUAUUCAUGGGAUGGGAACAGGGGUUAUAAAGGAGCUGGUGCUUGAGAGGUUAAGGAAGAACACUCGUGUCUCAAGGUAUGAGCUGGCGAAUCCUAUGAACUAUGGUUGUACAGUUGCUUACAUUAAAUGAACACAUUGUUCUCUGUAAACAUAUUCUUGAGAAGUGUGGUAUGAUUAUAAAUUUAUAAUGGUCCAAAAACAAGUAUAAA